CUACGGAAGUGGGGAGAACGGCAGCGGGACAGUUAUCCAGACCAAGCCCCCCCUGGUGGGCCAGCUCCCCUUCCCCACAGACCUCCACCCCGCUCCUCCUCCUGUGGGGGUCCCAGCCCCUGCAAGCAUGACCGUCUCCGAAACAGACGAUGACUCUCAGCUCAUCUACUUCCGCGCCCUGGUGAAUUUCACCAAGUCCAUCGACUACAGCCCUCGCCUGGACGACGUCAACUCGGAGGAUUUCCGGGAUGUCUCAGAAGCAGUGGUGGACACGCUGGAGUCCGAGUACUACAAAAUCGCCGGCGAGCAGGUGGUCAGCGUCGUCUUCAUCAAGGAGAUCGAUGGCGACAUCUUCGUGGAGCUGGACGUGGGCUCCGAGGGCAACACGGACGAGGAGCAGAUCCGCGAGGUGCUCUACUCGGUCAUCGCGAGCGGCUCCAUCGCCUCCUACGUCACCUCCACGCAGGGCUUCCACUUCCGGCGCCUGGGGGCAGUGCCCCCGGAGAUCCGGGCCUGCACCGCGGACGAGUUCUCCUGCCUCAGCGGCGAGUGCAUCCCCCGGGAGUUCCUGUGCGACCGGCGGCCGGACUGCCGGGACAUGUCAGAUGAGCUGAGCUGUGAAGAGCCGAUGCUGCCCGAGUGCUCCGACACGGAGUUUGCCUGCGACAGCGGGCAGUGCGUGCGCCUCGCCUUCCGCUGCGAUGGACACCCGGACUGCGGGGACGCCUCCGACGAGGACGGCUGCGAGCAAACCGUGCCGCCUCCGCGGGUGACCACCGCCCCCCCCAGGCCUGUCACGCCUCGGGUCCCCAGCACCGCGCCCCCGGCCACCACCCGCCGCGCCCCGGUCACCGGGCCGCAGCGGGGCCUCACGCCCAAGCCCUCGCUGUCCCCCGAGGCGCGCCCCUGCCGCAAGGACGAGGCCGCCUGCGCCAGCGGGCAGUGCAUCCCGCCGGACUACGUGUGCGACGGGGAGCGCGACUGCCGCGACGGCAGCGACGAGCUGCACUGCGGCACGCCCUCCCCCUGCGAGCCCAACGAGUUCAGGUGCCGCAACGGCUACUGCGCCCUCAAGCUCUGGCGCUGCGACGGCGACAACGACUGCACCGACGGCUCCGACGAGCUGAACUGCCCCACGAAAGCCCCCGGGGACACCUGCGGCCCGGAGCAGUUCGUCUGUGUGUCGACACGCACCUGCAUCCCGGCCAGCUACCAGUGCGACGAGGAGGCCGACUGCCCGGAUCGCUCGGACGAGAUCGGAUGCAUCCCUCCACAGGUGAUCACCCCCCCUGAGGAGUCCAUCCAGGUGGCCCCCGGAGCGACGGUCCGUUUCACCUGUGUGGCUGUCGGCGUCCCCACCCCAAUCAUCACCUGGAGGCUCAACUGGGGCCACAUCCCCAGCAGCCGCAGGGUGUCCAUCACCAGCGAGAACGGCCACGGGACGCUGACCAUCAAGGACGUGAAGGAGGCUGACCAGGGGGCCUACACCUGCGAGGCCAUCAACGCCCGCGGGAUGGUGUUCGGCAUCCCCGAUGGCGUGCUGAGCCUCACCCCCCGUCCAGGGCCCUGCCCCGAGGGGCACUUCCACCUGGAGGGCACCUCCCGCUGCCUGCCCUGCUUCUGCUUCGGCGUCACCAGAGCCUGCCGCGAGACCAGCCGCCACCGGCACCAGAUCCACCUGCGCUUCGACCUGCCCAACGACUUCAAAGGGGUGAAUGUGACGGCACCCGCCCAGCCCGGAGUGCCCCCCCUCUCUUCGACGCAGCUCCAGAUCCACCCCGGCUUGCAGGAGUUCCAGCUGGUGGACCUCUCCCGCCGCUUCCUGGCCCACGACUCGUUCUGGACCCUGCCGGGGCAGUUCCUGGGGAACAAGGUGGAUUCCUACGGCGGCCACCUGCAGUUCAAGGUGCGCUACAGCCUGGCUCGGGGCCAGUCGGAGCCGGUGCAGAGGGCCGACGUCGUCAUCGUGGGCGGUGGGCAGAGGCUCCUGUACCGAGCGCGGGUGCCCACGCAGCCCAUGCUGGUGAACCAGCGCCAGGUCCACUUCAGCGAGGAGAACUGGGAGAAGGAGUCGGGGGGCCCCGUCAGCCGGGAGGAGCUGCUCCUCGCCCUGCAGGACCUGGAAGCCAUCCUGAUCCGGACCGUCUACGACAACCGGAUGGCCAGCGUGGGGCUGAGCGACGUGGUCAUGGACACCACCACCACCGAGGCCACCGACCUGGGCACGGCGCGUGGCGUGGAGGAAUGCAGGUGCCCCGCCGGCUACUCGGGUCUCUCGUGCGAGCGCUGCAGCGUGCACUUCGAGCGCGUGCCCGGCGGGCCUUUCCUCGGCUCGUGCUCCGGAUGCAGCUGCAACGGCCACGCCAGCUCCUGCGACCCGUCCUCCGGCUACUGCCUGAACUGCCAGCACAACACAGAGGGGCCCCAGUGCAACAUGUGCAAGCCAGGAUUCUUCGGGGACGCCACGAAGGGCACCCCGACGGCCUGUCGCCCCUGCCCCUGCCCCUACACGGAAGCCCCCAGGAGGUUCUCCGACUCCUGCUUCCUGGACACGGAUGGCCACGCCACCUGUGACGCCUGUGCGCCUGGCUACACAGGACGCCGCUGCGAAAAAUGCGCCCCAGGCUACGAAGGAAACCCCAUCCAGCCCGGGGGCAGGUGUGUGAAGACCGGGCAGGACGUGCUGUGUGACGAGCGCGGGAGCAGCAGGGCCGCGGGUGGCCGGUGCCAGUGCAAGCCCAACGUCGACGGCCAUCUCUGCGACGCCUGUGCCUCGGGCUCCUUCCACCUGAGCCGCGAGAACCCCGACGGCUGCCUGCGCUGCUUCUGCAUGGGCGUCUCGCGCCAGUGCACCAGCUCCUCCUGGAGCCGGGACCAGGUGCGGGUGGCCUACGAGGACGCCGAGCGGGAGCAGUUCAGCCUCUCCAACGCGGACGGCAGCCGGACCGUGGCGGAGGGUGUCCACGUCGCCACGGGCCCCGAGCUCUCCUUCUCCUCCUUCCACGUGCUGCCGCGCGAUGUGUAUUACUGGGUGCUGCCCCAGCGCUUCCGGGGAGACAAGGUGACCUCGUACGGCGGGGAGCUGCGCUACACCGUCACCCACGACACCUUCCCGGGCGUCGCACCCGUGCGGGGCCAGCCCAGCGUGCUGCUGCAGGGGAACGGCAUCUUCCUGGAGCACUUCACGGAGCGGACCCCCCUGCCCGGUGUGCCCACGGGCUUCGCGGUGCCCUUCCGGGAGCACGCCUGGCGCCGUGCGGACGGGCAGAACGCCACCCGGGAGCACCUGCUCAUGGCGCUGGCCGACAUCGAUGUCUUCAUGAUCCGGGCGUCCUACUCAGAGCAGCCCUCGGAGAGCAGGAUCUCCGGCAUCCACAUGGACGUGGCCGUGCCGCACCCCACGGGCCUGGAGCCUGCCCUGGAGGUGGAGGAGUGCACCUGCCCCCGCGGGUACCGCGGCCCCUCCUGCCAGGACUGCGACUCCGGCUACACGCGCACCACCAGCGGCCUCUACCUGGGCACCUGCGAGCCCUGCGACUGCAGCGGCCACUCCUCUGCGUGUGACCCCGAGACGGGAGACUGCCAGAACUGCCAGGACAACACGGAAGGGCCGCGGUGCGAGCGCUGCCGGCCGGGCUUCUUCGGCGACGCCAGACGCGGGGACUGCCGGCCCUGCCCGUGCCACGGGCCCCCCUCCGCCAGCCAGGCCCCCCGGAGCUGCUUCGUGGACUCGGACGGGCUGCCCACGUGUGACCCCUGCGGCCCCGGCCACGUCGGGCGCCUCUGCGAAAGGUGUGCUCCAGGCUACGUGGGGGACCCCCUCCAGGGACAGCCCUGCACAGACCCAGGCCUGCGGUGCCACUGCGACCUCGACGGCAGCGUCAGCGGCCAGUGUGACGCCGACAGGCGGUGCCAGUGCAAGGCCAACGUGGAGGGCCCCUCCUGCGGCACGUGCCGCCCGCACCACUUCCACCUGAGCGCGGACAACCCGGACGGCUGCCUGCCCUGCUUCUGCAUGGGCGUCACCCAGCAGUGCUCCAGCAGCACCCACUACCGCCACGUGGUCAGCCGCCCCUUCCUCCCGGGGAACUCGCAGGGCUUCGCUCUGGUCAACCGCCAGCGCAGCACCCGCAUCCAGACCGGCCUCGUGGUGGAGGCGUCCCCGGAGGGCCCGCAGCUGUCCUACGGCCGCUUCGGCGAGCUGGGCCAGCAGGCCUUCCACUGGCAGCUGCCGGAAGCCUACCUGGGAGACAAGGUCGGGUCCUACGGGGGACGCCUUCGCUACACUCUGUCCUAUAACGCCGGGGAGAGAGGCACCCCGCUGCCCGACGCCGCCGUGCAGAUAACCGGCAACGACAUCACGCUGGUGGCCUACCUGCCCGAGCUCCAGCCCCGUGAGCGCCGCACCUUUGAGGUCCCCUUCCGGGAGCAAUUCUGGAAGCGGCCCGACGGGCAGCCCGCCACCCGGGAGCACCUGCUGAUGGCGCUGGCGGACCUGGACGAGAUCCUCGUGCGCGCCACCUUCUCCACCGACAUGGUGUCGGCCAGCAUCGCCGGCGUCGGCCUGGAGACCGCCGUGCCCACCUACACCAGCCUCGGCCGGGCCCUGGAGGUGGAGCAGUGCCGCUGCCCCCCGGGAUACCAGGGACUUUCCUGCCAGGACUGCGCGGCCGGCUACACCCGCACGGGGAACGGCCUCUACCUGGGCCACUGCACCCUGUGUGAAUGCAACGGGCACUCGGACUCCUGCCACCCCGAGACCGGCGCCUGCUCGAGCUGCCUGCACCAGACGGCCGGGGAGUUCUGCGAGCAGUGCGCACCCGGCUUCUACGGAGACGCUACCGCCGGCACGCCCGAGGACUGCCAGCCCUGCGCCUGCCCGUUGCCGGACCCCGAGAACCAGUUCUCGCUGACGUGUGAGAGUCUGGCCGGCGGAGGCUAUCGCUGCACGGCCUGCGAGCCGGGCUACACCGGGCAGUACUGCGAACAGUGCGCUGCGGGCUACACCGGCAACCCCAACAUCCGCGGGCAGAAGUGCGUGGCCGUGGGAGCCCUGGACCAGCCGCCCCUCAUCGUGCGGGUCCACCCCCCGCGGACCGCCGUGUCCCAAGGCAGUGAGGUGACGCUGCGGUGCCACGCCGGGGGCCGCCCCCCCCACUACUUCUACUGGUCACGGGAAGAUGGGCGCCCCGUGCCCAGCUCGGCCCAGCGCCGGCGGCAAGGGGUGGAGCUCUUCUUCCCCAGCAUCCAGCCCGCGGAGGCCGGCGUCUAUGUCUGCACCUGCCGCACCGCCCGGUACAGCAACUCCAGCCGUGCGGAGAUCGUCGUCACGGAAAGCCCCAGCAAGCCCAUCGUGGUGACGGUGGAGGAGCAGAAGGUGCAGACCGUGAGGCCCGGGGUGGACGUCACCUUCGUGUGCACGGCCAAGAGCAAGUCCCCUGCCUACACCCUCGUGUGGACGCGGCAGAACAACAGGAAGCUGCCCAGCCGGGCCAUGGACUUCAACGGCAUCCUGACCAUCCGCAACGUCCAGCCGGAGGACGCCGGCGUCUACGUCUGCACCGGCUCCAACAUGUUCGACAUGGACGAGGGCGCCGCCACCCUCUAUGUGCAAGCCGCAGCCUCCGUCCACCCCACGGCCACCAUUGAGCCCGCGCAGCUGAGCGUCCAGCCAGGCCAGCCGGCCGAGUUCCGCUGCAUCGCCACAGGGAGCCCCGAGCCCACGCUGGAGUGGAUCGGUGGGCCGGGGGGCAUGAUCUCCCCAAGGGCCGUCAUCCGUGGCGGCGUCCUGCGCUUCCCCGCCGUCGAGCCCUCCGACGAGUCGCAGUACCUGUGCCGCGUCCGCAACAGCGCCGGGCAGCACAUGGCCCGCGCCUUCCUGCAAGUGCACAGUGCCAGCAUCCCGCAGGUGCAGGUCAGCCCCGAGCGGACGGAGGUGCACGAGGGCAGCACCGUGAGGCUGUACUGCCGGGCCGCAGGCUCCCCCGCAGCCACCAUCACCUGGGAGAAGCAGGGGGGCAGCCUGCCCCCGCAGUCGCGCGCCGAGCAGACCGACAUCGCCACCUUGGUGAUCCCCGCCAUAACAGCCGCCGACGGAGGAGUGUACCUGUGCGUGGGGCGCAGCGCCGCCGGAGUGGGGCAGGCCCGGAUCGAGGUGGUGGUGGUGGCAGCUUCAGGCGCUUCGCCAGCAGUGCGGAUUGAAUCCUCCUCUUCCUCGGUGACGGAGGGGCAGACCUUGGACCUGAACUGUGUCGUCGCUGGCCAGCCGGCCGCUUCCGUCAGGUGGUACCGGCGAGGAGCUGCCCUGCCGGCCAAACACCAGGUUUACGGGCCGCUCCUGCGCAUCCCAGACGUCUCCGCAGCCGACUCGGGCGAGUACGUCUGCCAGGUCAGCAACGGGGCCGGCCCCAAGGAAGCCUCCAUCUCCGUCAGCGUGCGGCAGGGCCACGGCCCCGUGCACGGAACGCCUUCGGUCGGGAUCGAGUCCCCGUCCCCGUCCGUCAGCGAGGGGCAGGCCCUGGACCUGAACUGCCUCGUCUCCGGCCUGGCGCGGCCCACGGUCGUGUGGUACAAGCGCGGGGGCGCGCUUCCUGCCAGCCACAAGGUUUCCGGCUUCCACCUGCGGAUCCCGGCAGCCGCCCUGGAGGACUCCGGCGAGUACGUGUGCCGCGUGAGCGACGGCGCCAGCGGAGCGGUCCGCGAGGCCUCCAUCGUGGUGACGGUUCACAGCGCCUCCCACACCUCAGGGGUCACGCCAGCACUGCGAAUCGAGUCUUCGUCCCCCUCCGUGGUGGAAGGCCAGACGCUGGACCUGAACUGCGUGGCCGCGGGCCAGGAGGGGGCCACCAUCAUGUGGUACAAGCGAGAGGGCGCCCUGCCGCCGGGCCACCAGGCCUCCGGCUCCCGCCUACGCAUCCCGCAGGCCUCGGCCGCCGACUCGGGCGAGUACAUCUGCCGCGUCAGCCUGGGCCCCGUCACCCGAGAGGCCUCCGUCCUCCUCUCCCACAGCAGCUCCUCCUCCAGCUUGGGCAUCGUGCCCGCCGCGAGGAUCGAGGCCUCCUCCCCGCACGUCCGCGGAGGGCAGACACUGGAGCUGGACUGCAUCGCCGCCCGCCCGGCCCGGGCCACCGUCACCUGGUACAAGCGCGGGGGCGCCCUGCCAGCCGGCCACCAGGCCUUCGGAUCCCGCCUGCGGCUGGUCAGAGUCUCUUCCGCGGACUCGGGCGAGUACGUCUGCCGGAUCAGCUACAACGCCAGCGCCAGCCAGGAGGCGUCCGUCUUCAUCACCGUCCGGCAAGACGGCACUGCCCCCUUCCCCCCCGGCGUGACGUCCCUGCUGCGCCUCGAGGCUUCCUCGGCCCCCUCCGACGAGGGCCACACGCUGGAGCUGCGGUGCCUCGUGGCGGCCCCCGCCGCCCAGGCCAGCGUCUCGUGGUUCCGGCGAGGAGGCCCCCUGCCGGCCAGUCACCAGAUCUCCGGCCCCCUCCUGCGCAUCCCGCAGGCCUCGGCGGCCGACUCCGGGGAGUACGUGUGCCGGGUCAGCGAAGGCUCGGCUGUGCACGAAGCCGCCCUCCUCGUCACCAUCCGGGACGCCGUGGGCUCCUCCUUCUCCGUACACGCAACUUCCCCGAUCCGGAUCGAGGCCUUGUCCCCGUCCGUCGUCGAGGGCCAGACCGUGGACCUGAACUGCCUGGUGCCGGGCCAGUCCCAGCCGCGGGUCGUGUGGUACAAGCGGGGGGGCACCCUGCCCGUCAACGCCCAGGUCCUCGGAACACACCUCCGGAUCCUGCAGGCUUCGGCGGCCGACUCGGGGGAGUACAUCUGCUACCAGGACAAUGCCCCCGUCCCCCGGGAGAGCUCGGUGUUCAUCUCCAUCCCCAGCAGCUCAGGCCCCCCGCCCGCCUCUGGGGCGAUCCUGCCGGUGCGCAUCGAGUCCUCCUCCUCUUCCCUCGUGGAAGGACAGACCCUGGAGCUGAACUGCCUGGUCGCCGGCCAGCCACAGCCCAAAGUCACGUGGUCCAAGAGAGGAGGGGCCCUCCCCGCCAACCACCAGGUCUCGGGCACGCGCCUGCGCAUCCCGCAGGUCUCCUCCGCCCACUCCGGAGAGUACGUCUGCCGCGUCAGCAGCGCUGGUGUGACCCAGGAGGCUGCGUUGCUGGUCACCAUCCAGGACGGGGCUGCGCCAUCUCUGAGGAUUGAGGCUUCGUCGACUUCCGUCGUCGCAGGAGACACCCUGGACCUCACCUGUGUCGCCCCCGGCCAGCCGCACGCCACCUUCACGUGGUCUCGCCGAGAGGGCGCCCUGCCCGCCGGCCACCAGGUCUCCAACGGUCGCCUGCGGCUCGUGAAGCUCGCCCCAGCCGACUCCGGCGAGUACGUGUGCCGCGUCGCUGGAGGAGCGGCCCCGCAGGAGGCGUCCUUCGUCGUCCCCGUCCCGGCUGGUGGCAGCGGCAGCGUUUCACGCCUGCAGAGCCCCAUCAUCUCCAUCAGCCCCCACAGCACGGCGGUGCGCCGGGGGGCCGACGUGGCCUUCAGGUGCCAGGUGCACGACGGCGCGCAGCCCAUCGAGCUCUCCUGGAAGCUGCCCAACAACCAGCUGCAAGAGAACGUGAGGAUCAGCCCCAACGGGUCCGUGCUCAGCAUCACGGGUGCGCGCCCCCCGAACCAGGGCGCCUACCGCUGCGUCGCCUCCAACCGAUUCGGGAUCACCAACAGCGUGGUCAACCUGAUGGUGCAAGGGCCCCCGACGGUCUCCGUGGUGCCCAAGGGCCCCGUGGAGGUGAAGCCCGGCAAGUCCCUCAGCCUGGACUGCCUGGGGGCCGGCGAGCCCCGGGCACUGGUGCGCUGGAGCAAGCUGGGCGCCCGCCAGAAGGUGGAGCACCAGACGCUGCUGCCGCUGGAGAGCCGCGCGGUGCUGCAGAUCAAAUCUGCCAAGCUGGAGGACGCCGGCACUUACAUCUGCCUGGCGCAGAACUCCCUGGGCACGGCGGAGGCGCAGGUGGAAGUGAGCGUGGAGGCCGUCCACGGGAAGCCCGGGGCCCCCCAGGUGCACGUGCACCCCACGCAGGUGGUGCUGGCGGGGGAGACCGCGCGGCUCCGCUGUUCCGCAACAGGCACCCCCACGCCCAGCAUCCACUGGUCCAAGCUGAGGGCCCCGCUGCCAUGGCAGCACCGCAUUGAGAACGACACCCUGGUCCUCCCACGGGUGGCCCAGCAGGACUCGGGCCAGUACAUCUGCAACGCCACCAACUCGGCCGGCUUCACCGAGGCCUUCAUCAUGCUGGACGUGGAGACUCCUCCGUACGCCACCAGCCUCCCGGACGCGGCCUCCGUGCGAGCCGGCGACUCGGUGCAGCUGCAGUGCCUGGCCCACGGCACGCCGCCCCUGCACUACGAGUGGAGCAAGGUCAACGGCAGCCUCCCGGGGCACACCGUGGUGCGCGAGGGCAUCCUGCGCAUGGGCCCCACCACGGCCCGCGACUCCGGGACGUACCGCUGCCGCGUCAGCAACCGGGUGGGCUCGGCCGAAGCUCUGGCCCGGGUCCAGGUGCAAGGCCCCACUGGAGGACCCCCGUCGGUCCACGUCAGCCCCCAGGGGGACGCGAAAGCCGUGGGCGGCACGGCGGAGUUCGUGUGCUCUGCCGCCGGAGACCCCCAAGCGCGGAUCGAGUGGUUCAAGGAGGAGGGGGAGCUGCCCCCCCACCACACCGUCGAGAACGGGGUGCUGCGGAUCGAAAAGCUGGACCGCGGCUGCCAGGGGGUGUACGUGUGCCGCGUCAGCAGCGCCUCUGGCCAGGCCGAGGAGAGGGUCAAGCUGACCGUCCAGGCGCUGCCCAAGGUGAUGAUCAACAUCCGGACGUCGGUGCAGACGGUGCUGGCGGGCAACGCCGUGGAGUUCGAGUGCCUGGCCUUCGGGGACCCCCCGCCCCGCGUCACCUGGGCCAAGGUGGGCGGGCGGCUGCGCCCGGGCGUGCUGGCCAGCGGCAACAUGGUGAAGAUCGAGCGCGUCGAGCAGGCGGACGCCGGGCAGUACCGCUGCACCGCCGCCAACGAGGUCGGCGCGGUCCAGUCCCACGUCAUCCUGCACGUCCAGUCUGUCCCCCAGAUCACGGCCCAGCCGGAGCUGAAGGAGGUUUCCGCAGGCUCCGCGGUGCGCUUCCCGUGCCCGGCGUCCGGGUUCCCCGUGCCAGACGUCGUGUGGACGAAGCUGGAGGGGGAGCUCCCCAGGAGCGUCCGCGUGGAGGGGAACACCCUGGCCAUCCCGGCGGCCCACCCGGAGGACAGCGGCAUCUACGUCUGCAGGGCGUCCAACAGGCAAGGGAAGGCGGUGGCGUUCUCUGUGCUCAAAGUGCGAGAGCGCGUGGUGCCUCACUUCACCCAGAGCCCUCAGUCCUACCUGGUCCUGCCGACCAUGAAGGACGCCUACAAGACGUUUGCGAUCGAGAUCACCUUCCGGGCGGACACGGCGGACGGCAUGCUGGUGUACAACGGCCAGAAGGAGAACACGGGCACCGAUUUCGUGUCCUUUGGACUGGUGGGGGGCCGUCCGGAGCUCAGGUUCGACGCCGGCUCCGGCAUGGCCACCAUCCGCCACCCUUCGCCCAUCAAGCUGGGCAAGUUCCACACGGUCCGGCUCUUCCGCAACCUCACCCAGGGCGCCCUCGUGCUGGACAACCAGCCCCCGGUGAACGGCACGUCCCAGGGCAAGUUCCAGGGCCUGGACCUCAACGAGGAGCUGUACCUGGGCGGGUACCCAAACUACGCCACCAUCGCGAAGACGGGCCUCAGCAGCGGCUUCAUCGGAUGCGUGAGGCAGCUGAUCAUCCAGGGCAAGGAGGUGAUCUUCCAGGACCUCGACCUGCAGGCCCACGGCGUCUCCAGCUGCCCCACGUGCCGCGACCAGCCGUGCCAGAACGGCGGCCUCUGCCAGGACUCGGAGAGCAGCAGCUACGAGUGCCAGUGCCCGCCGGGGUUCGCGGGCAGCAACUGCGAGCACCCCCAGGCCCUGCGCUGCCACCCAGAGGCCUGCGGCCCCGACGCCACCUGCGUGAACCGAGCCUCCGGGGAGGGCUACCUUUGCCGCUGCCUGCUGGGCCGACUCGGGGAGAAGUGCACGGCCGGGGCCACCGUGACCACGCCGCACUUCCACGGGGGCGACGCCUUCAUCUCGUACCCACCGCUCACCAACAUCCACCACGAGCUGCGCCUGGACGUCGAGAUCAAGCCGCUCUCCCCCAACGGCCUCGUCCUCUUCAGCGGGGGCGACGGGGCGCCCGUGGCCGACUUCGUCUCGCUCAGCGUGGCCGGCGGGCACGUGGAGUUCCGCUACGAGCUCGGAUCAGGCACCGCCGUCCUGCGCAGCGCCCGGCCCCUGCGGCUGGGCCAGUGGCACAAGGUGACGGCCGAGCGCCUCAACAAGGACGGUGCCCUGCGGGUGGACGACGAGCGGCCCGUGAAGCGCUCCUCGCCCGGGAAGAGCCAGGGCCUCAACCUGCGCACCGCUAUGUUCCUGGGGGGGGUCGACGCCGCCACCCACCUGCCGCCCGCGGCCAACGCCUCCAGCCACUUCGACGGCUGCAUCGGAGAGGUCUUGGUCAACGGGAAGAAGGUGGACAUUUCCUACAGCUUCCUGGAGAGCCGCGGCAUCUCACAGUGCGCCGACAGCUCUCCCUGCGACCGCCGGCCCUGCCGGCACGGGGGCAAGUGCCUGCUCACCGGCGAGUAUGAGUUCCAGUGCCUCUGCCCGGACGGCUACCAGGGGGAGCGCUGCGAGGUGGCCGAGGUUCAGUGCCGGCUCCAACACCCCUGCCUGAAUGGGGGCACCUGCCGAGACACCGCCUGUGAGUGCCCCCCGGGUUUCCUGGGCGCCUACUGCGAACACGACGAGUCGCAGCGCCAGCUGAACACCGAGUGGGCUCCCGAGGGCAGCGGAGGAAACGAUGCUCCCGGUCAGUACGGCGCCUACUUCCACGACGGCGGCUACGUGGCCCUGCCACGCCACGCUUUCCCCAGGAGCCUCCCCGACGCGCCAGAGACGAUUGAGCUGGAAGUGCGGACCGGCUCCCCGAGCGGGCUGCUGCUCUGGCAGGGCGUGGAGGCGGGGCAGAGCGGCAAGGCGAAGGAUUUCAUCAGCCUCGGGCUGAAGGAGGGGCACCUGGUGUUCAGCUACCAGCUGGGCAGCGGCGAGGCCAACAUCGUCUCCGAGGACCCCGUGGACGACGGCGAGUGGCACCGCGUGACGGCGCUCCGGGAAGGGAAGAAGGGCUUCCUUCAAGUGGACGGAGAGGAGAUGGUCACCGGGGAGUCAGCCGGCAAGAACAUCAUGGUGAACACCAGGGGGCCGGUUUAUCUAGGGGGGGCCCCCGACAUCCGGACCCUGACCGCCGGGAAGUACGUCUCGGGAAUCACGGGGUGCAUCAAGAACGUGGUCCUCGCCAACGAGCGGCCCGGCCAGCAGCCCCAGCAGCCGGUCGACAUGCAGCACCAGGCGGAGGCCCGGCUGAACUCCCGCGAGUGCCCCUCGUAGGCCGGGCUCGCCUCGCCCGCGCCCCACUGCCCUCGGCCGCCACCAGGCCCACUGAGAGACGUCUAUUAUUAUUAUUAUUAUUAUUAUUAUUUUAUU